AUGAUGAUUAAUAAUGCACCCGAUAUUUUAAAUUGCAAAAGUAAUAAUUCUAUUGAUAAACAAGAUAAAAUUAGUGAUUGUUAUGAAUUAGAAAAUGAAAAAAUUUUUGUUUAUAGAUGCAAUAUAUGUCUGUUAGUAUUUACAUGCGUGUAUUCUUUCGCAAAUCAUAUAUCAAAUGAAAAUCAUAGGGUUAAACAAUUAGAUGCAUUAAAAAAAGAUAAAUACUUUAACUGUCUGAGAUGUAAAUAUAUUUGUCUUAGUGUUGUUAAAAUUAUUAAACAUAUAGAAUUAUAUAAUCAUGGACAGAAUAUUUUAAAAAAAAUUAAAAGAAAAAUUUUAUAUACUGGUACUGUCAAUUGUGCAUGUAAAACAAAAUGUUACUUUUUUUAUUCCCAAAAUAAAAAUUUCCGAAGCUUAGAAAAUAUUCCAUCUAAUGAUAAUAAUUUAUUAAAUGUAAAAUCAGAAAUAGAAAGGAGGAAUUCUUACGAAGAACAAUUUAUUAAAAAUAACGCUUAUAAUGAUAAAUGUGAAGAUGAAGUUUCACCGAAUGAAAAUGUUAAUGUAGAAAAUUAUAAUAAUCAGAAUAAAUUUAUUCAAAAUUUAUCUUUUGAAAAACUUAAAGAAUCAAUUAAAGAAAUUUCAACAAAUGAUAAUAUCAAAAUGCAACUUAUAAAUUAUUUACAAAAAAAUUCCAUAUGUUCAUUUUAUCAUAACUAUAUUAAUAAUAAUAUGAAUAAUUAUAAUAAAGAUAGUAACUUUCAAGUUGGAGAACAGGCACUUAACCUCCAUUUGCAAAUUGAUAAAAUAAAAGACUUUAAUAAUAUUUUAUUAAAUUUAGAUAAAUAUGAAGAAAAAAAAGAAAUAAAAAAUACUAGCGACAUAAAAAAAAAUCUUUUAUUAUUUAUACAUGAAAAUACUUACAAUUUAAAUAAAACAAAAAACUGUCAUUCUAAUAUAAAUAAUGAUAAAAAAAAUGAUAAUACUGAAAAUGAAGAUGAAUUAAGCGUAUUUGAUAAUAAUUCAUAUGGAAUGAAUACAUAUUCUGAAGAAAAUUAUAUCCAAUUUAAAAAUAGUGAAUGUAAUCAAUUUAAAAAUGGAGAAUCUAACAAUUUGAAAAAUGAUGAAUAUAAUCAAUUUAAAAAUGGACAAUUUAGCUAUUUUAAAAAUAAUGAAUAUAAUCAAUUUAAAAAUGGACAGUUUAGCGAUUUUAAAAAUAAUGAAUAUAAUCAAUUUAAAAAUGGAGAAUUUAACAAUUUGAAAAAUGAUGAAUAUAAUCAAUUUAAAAAUGGAGAAUUUAACAAUUUGAAAAAUGAUGAAUAUAAUCAAUUUAAAAGUGAAGAAUUUAACAAUUUGAAAAAUGAUGAAUAUAAUCAAUUUAAAAGUGAAGAAUUUAACAAUUUGAAAAAUGAUGAAUAUAAUCAAUUUAAAAGUGAAGAAAAAGAUAAUUAUUUGUGGAUUGAAGAUGAAUUAAAAAAAAAUAAACAAGAAAAAAAUCAAGAAUGCUUAAACCAAUUAAAUAAUUUAAAUGAACUUCAUAGUUGCUAUAUAUCCAAUGAUAUAAAUUAUUCUAAAGAAAUAACUAAUAAAGGAAAUUUAAAUUAUGAAUUAUUCUUUAAAAAUAACGAUGAACGUUUUUACAAUAUUUAUAAUGAAGAUUUUGUGAAUCCUCCUCCAAGAAGUGAUGAAAAAAAUAAAAUUAAUAUUUCUUUCAACAGCAAGAAAAAUAGCAAUGAUUCUAAUAUAUUAGAAGCUAUAUAUAAGAUGGAAAACCAUUAUGCAAGUAAUCAUAUAAUUAAUAAUACUGAUAAAAAUAUAAAUAAAAAUGCACAAGAAAAUAUAAAUAAAAAUACACAAGAAAAUAUAAAUAAAAAUAUAUAUCAAAAUAUGAAUGAAGAUAUAAAUAAGAGCAUAAACAAAAAUAUGAAUGAUAAAAUAAAUGAAAAUGCAUAUAACAACGUAAAUGAAAGUAUCAAUAAUUAUAGAAAUAUUACAAAAAGUGUGUAUGAUUUAGAAGACGAAAUAGACUUCAUCUAUAACUCAAAUCCAAACUUCAACAAUGAUAUAGUAAGAAAAUAUUUUUCUGAAAAUUUAAAAUCAAAUUUAUUUGAUAGUCAAAUAAAUGAUCAUAUUAUAGAUGAUAAAAAUUUAAAUAUUAAUAGUGAUAACUUUUUCACACAAUAUAAUUUUUCUUUAAAAGAAACAGAAAAAAAGGAAGAUAUUAUAUUAGAAAAUUCCUAUAAGGAAAUAGAUGUUUUUGACAAUUUUAAAAAUGAUGAAAAUAUUCAUAAUAUUCAUGAAAUGGAUGCGUCUCUUAUUAAUAAAAAUAUGCAUUCUUAUUUUAAUGAUGAACAACAAAGUACUAAUGAUAUUAACAAAAACGAAAAUAAUAUUAAUAAUGAAUACAAUAUUUAUAACCAAAAAAAAAAUUCUAAUUAUUUAACAAGCAAUUUAUUAAAAAAUAACAAUGAAAAAAAAAAUUAUAUCAUUGAAUAUGAAGAAGAAAUGAAGACAAAAUUAUUAAAUAGGUAUAAUGAUAACAUAACAAAUGAAAAAAAAAUUUCAAAUAUAAAUAUUCUGAAUAAAUUAGAAAAUUCUAAUGUAUUAAAAAAUUAUAUAGAACUAUUCAAUAAUCUCAAUAAAAGUCAUGAUAAAAUGGAUAUAACUAAUUAUAAUUUUAUGCAUUUUAAUAAAUAUAGUAACCAAAAUAAUGAUAAUACAUAUAUUAAUAUACUCACAAAUUUACAAAAAAAAAUAGAAAAAAGGGAAGAGAAUGAUACGGAUAAUAAAAUAGAAAAAAAAGAGAAGAAAAAUUUGAAUUUCUUAAAAAAUAAAAUUUUUAAAGCAAAAAAUUUAGAUAAAGUUGAUUCAUACAUAUCAACAGAUCAAAAUUAUGAUUCCAUUUUUAACGAAAAUGAUAAUUUUCAUAUAAAUAUUCAUCAUAUUAAUGAAAAAAAUAAUAAAAAUACUUUAAAUGAAAUCGUUGAUAUAAAUAAAAAAAGGAAAUCAUUCAUUGAAGAAAUAGAUGAACUAAAAAAAAUUAUUGAAGAAGAUAAGAAAAAUAACAGUAAUACAAUGAACUUUACAGCUAUUAAUUUAAAUAAUGAUAAAAAAAAUUUAAAUUCAAAUCCUUUAUGUAUUGAAAAAAAUAAUUUAUUAAACGAUGGGAAAAUAAAAAAAUACAAUACUACUCCUAAUAAUAGAAGUAGUGACUAUAACAUUGAUUUUAAUAUAAAAUCAAUAUGUAAAAGCAACACUGAUUAUUUUCAAAAGUAUGCUCUAAAUUCUAAUAAAAAUUAUAAUGAUACAUCAAAUGAACAAUUUAAUAAUUUUAUAUCUAAUUUGAAAAAGACAAACAAUUAA